GAUUCCCAGUGACACAGACGCGGUGAGCGGGCAGUUGGCCUCUUUGAUCCGUAAAGCCGUUCUCAACAGGCAGCAUGAAACGCCGCGAUUCCCGCGGGACGAGUAGUCCCGAAUAGGAGGAGGUGACUCGCCGUUCUGCAGACUGGGCAGCAAUGGAGCUGAGGAAGACGAGGUGAGGUGAGGCACCCGACAACUACGGUGAUCCUCUGUCACAGGUUCUGUGUAUGGACACAGAUCUCCAAGAUGUUAACUGUUAAGUUGCCCCACUUAUUAAGCAAUCACCAAGUUCCCAAAGUUUUCCGAGAGGAUGGAAUUGUGGGCGGCUACCGUAACCCACAGAGCUCAGCCAAGGACUGCCUCCUCAGCACCUUCCAAAUGACGAACGAGACGCUCAACAUCUGGACCCAUUUCCUCCCCACUUGGUACUUCCUGUGGCGGCUGCUGGUGCUAUGGCACUCUGUGGACUUCUACAACGAGCCGUAUGCCUGGCCCCUUCUCGUCUACCUGUGCGUCAGCUGCCUCUACCCUUUCACCUCCAGCUGCGCCCACACCUUCAGCACCAUGUCUGUUCACGCACGGCACGUAUGUUACUUCUUCGACUAUGGAGCCCUCAGCCUAUACAGCCUGGGCUGUGCUAUCACCUACCGGGCCUACGUAAUGGCAGACAGUUGGGUUAAUAAUGUCCUCCAUUCCUGCUUCGUCCCGGUCGCUGCCUUCAACUCCCUGGUUUGCACAACACUCUCCUGUUACUCCAGGGACUCUUCCUGCGCUGUACUGUUCCAUGUUCUAUGUUCUAUGAGUGUGGGUUUGCGUCUCAGGUUCCUGGAGGUCGAGCAGCCCAGACUCAGUAAGACCUUCCGGCUCACAGCUUUCACCUACCCCUUUCUGUUCGACAACCUGCCGCUCUUCCACAGGCUCUUCCUCUGCUGGGGUGAGGACUGCAGCCACAACACUUCGGUGCCAACACACUACUGCCACCUGCUGUUCGCUUUCCUCACCUUCUUCCUCUUCGCCUCCCACCUGCCCGAACGCCUGGCUCCUGGCUGCUUCGAUUAUAUAGGUCACAGUCACCAGCUUUUCCAUAUCUGCGCGGUGGCCGGCACCCACUUCCAGCUGGAGGCCAUCAUCACCGACAUGGGCUGCCGUCGGACCUGGCUGCUGGCCAACGCACCACUCCCCUCGUUGGCGGGGACCCUGGGGGUGACCUUGGCCGCCCUGCUCCUCAACCUUCUGGUCAUCUCCUUUUUCAUCGGACUGCUGGCUCUGGCGCCUGUUUCCUCCCCCUUUCUCCUCAGCGCCCUAUCUGACCAGGUCAAGUCAAGGACCGACUAAGUUAAGAGCGGGGGUGGGGGAGGGUGGGCAGUGACCACACAACCUCCCACUUCUCCUUGGGAUGGCAUCAUGGAGUUCGGCGGGAUUUCAGCCCGACCGUGCAGUGAUACGACAGGACAGGACAACGCUUUACAGCGCCUGCGAUCCGAUUUCAAUUCCUGCCGCUGUCUGAAAGGAGUUUGUAUGUUCUCUCUGUGAUCGUGUGGGUUUUCUCCGGGUGCUCCUGUUUCCUGCCACAUUCCAAGUUGGUGCUAGUGAGUUGUGGGCAUGCUACGGGUUCGGUAAGCCUGUCGGCAUCUGCACAUUCUCAGACUGUGUUGGUCCCUGAAGCAAUCGAUGCAUUUCACUGUAUGUUUCGAAGUACAGUACAUAUGACACCCUUCCCUUGGACAACAUCGGCGGCGUGGAGGGGGGAGACUUGCAGCGUGGACAACUGCCGGUCUUCCAUAAAAAAACUAGCCCAGGUUUGUGCCCUGGAAACUAUCCAAGGGUGCAAAUCCAUCGUCUAUCGAGACUAACUGAGGCCUCCUCCACUGCACAUGUGACAAACGUAGCUAAUAUUUUUCCUCCUCAAUCUCCUACCCGGGGCAUUGUCGGAUGUCCAGGCAUAUUUAAUUGCUUGCUUGCGAAUGAUUAUUCUUAUUGAAGCCAGUCAGCCACUGUGUAACGGGGGUUUGAUAAUGGACUUCAGACCUUCCUCAGAGAUCAGCAAGCAUUGUGGUACAGAGGUGGUAUGUUCCAAAUGAAGACAAAGAUAACGAUAAAGAAUGCUCUGAUUUUCAUUCCCUUCACAGCUCCUCAACUAGUGAAGCAGUCCAUUGCUGCAUGUAGUAAGGUUUAGACAGCAGUCAAGACCAACCUUGUAAGUAGCAUAUAACAUUUGUAUCUCAAAUAUGCCAGACUAUGCCCACCUCCAGCACAGUCUGAACCUGUGCUGGGAGCGGUCUACAAGUGACACCAUAGUAUGUCCACUACUUACUAACCCUAACCGAGAAAACCAUAAGAUAUAGGAGCAGAAGUGGGCCAUUCUGCUCCACCAUUCAAUCAUGCCCUGAUCCAAUUCUUCCAGUCAUCCCUACCCGCCUGCUUUCAUCCCAUACCCUUUUAUACCCAGUAUGGCUUUAGAAUGCAAGAGGAAACCUCAGAACACGAGGAAAAGCACA